CAACAGGCCUAGUCUGUCGAAGGAGAAAAUGCGGAAGUUGACAUUGCGUUUGUUUUGGAAGAGAUGUCAAGGCAUAAAUAACACUACUCGUCAAACCAUGAACAAAUAACUUCACAAAAAGCAUUUAUGAUUCCGUUUUAGCUACCAAAACAAGGCUUCAGAUUGUGUUACUGUGCACCACAGGAGAGAUGGCAUCGGUGAAAGACAGCAGUCAAACACUCCGGCUCAAUGUCAUCACAAAAGAUAAAGAGGAGGAAGUGAAGAUUUGGGAAUGUGACGAUUACCCAGGAGAGAGUCCAGAGAUGGCGUCAGUAAAGACGGCAGACAGCGGUCAAACACUGGGGCCGAAUGUCACCAUUAAAGAGGAGGAGGAGGUAGACGUUGGCGAAUCCGGUGAUCACGGAGAGACCCCGAACUCCUCUGACCAAGUUGAGACAUUUCCUGCAUCAGGGAAGCAACACCAGGAAGUGGGCAAAGCUAAGAGGUCUCACCACUGUCCUCAGUGUAAGAAGACUUUCCCAUUCCCAUCAUAUCUUGAAAGACACCUGCGAAAACAUUCCGGAGAGAAGCCUUACUCCUGCUCUGACUGUGGGAUGAGUUUCUCUCAACUGAGUGGCUUGAACGUGCACCAUCGAACACACACUGGAGAGAAGCCUCACCACUGCCCUCACUGUGAGGAGAGUUUCCCAUUCCCAUCAUAUCUUGAAAGACACCUGCGAAAACAUUCUGGCGAAAAGCCUUAUACCUGCUCUGACUGUGGGAUGAGUUUCUCUCAACUGAGUGGCUUGAACGUGCACCAUCGAACACACACUGGAGAGAAGCCUCACCACUGCCCUCACUGUGAGAAGAGUUUCCCAUUCCCAUCGUACCUUGAAAUACACCUGCGGAAACAUUCUGGAGAGAAACCUUACUCCUGCUCUGACUGUGGGAAAUGCUUCACAACAUCAAGUCAUCUAACCUCUCAUCGGAGAACUCACACAGGGGAGAAGCCUUACUCCUGCUCUGACUGUGGGAAGAGUUUCCCAUUCCCAUCAUAUCUUGAAAGACACCUGCGGAAACAUUCUGGAGAGAAGCCUUAUUGCUGUUCUGACUGUGGGAAGUGCUUCACCACGUCAAGUAAUCUAACGCUUCAUCAGAGUACACACAGGGGAGAUGCCAUGGAGCCAAUUUGAGUUCAAAUAAAUUGUCCCAAAAGAAAAAGAAUGUAAAUGAAAAAAAAUGUGAAGUAAUGCAUGUUGAAACUGAAAUGUAAAAGAAUUAUGUAAACAAAAAAAUAGUGAAUUGUAUGAAAUAAAUGUAGAAUUCAAAAACACAUUGAAAAUGA